CUUAUAACGUAGUGAUUACAUACUCUUUAAACACUUAAACAGUGGUCGAAAGGUGGGAAAGGUGGUCGAAAGGUUCGUGAUCAAAUUCGUGAUUUCGUUUCAUUUUAUUGAUUUUGAAUGGUUUUCUCAUAAAAGAAAACUGAGGAGGAACUAAAACAAAAUAAUCCUGAAACUUGUAACAUUUGAAUUAAGUACGAUGAAAUAUGAACCUUGCAAAAGGUUUUAUGUAUACACCUUGACCCUCUGAGUUUCGAAUAUCAUUUUUUAUAGAAAUUAUUUCGGAUUUUUUUUGCAGAUUAAACUAAAUGAUAGCAGAAACAUAUGACAGCUCAGAUGAAGAAGAAAUGGAAGGCCAGGAAGAGGAGUGCCUGAUUCUCACCACCUGGGCGGACUUUGAUAUGCAAAACCGUUGUUGUGGUGGCAAGGCAUGGUGCAUAAAAGACAUAUGUGGCAUAAUUUGCGCACUCCUAACAUGGUUCCUGAUACUAUAUGCAGAGUUUGUCGUGAUGACCGUUAUGCUGGUACCCGGCGUAUCAACAUAUCCGAUAUACAGUUAUAUCAACAUAAUCAUCUUCCAGAGCCUAGCUUUUCUCGCUUUUGCGUCGCAUCUGCGUACCAUGUUUACUGAUCCCGGUGCAGUGCCAAAAGGCAAUGCCACCAAAGAGAUGAUAAGGAACAUGAGCUUCCGAGAGGGGCAAGUCAUUUUCAAAUGCACAAAAUGCUGCAGCAUCAAGCCCGAAAGAGCACACCAUUGCUCGGUGUGCCAGCGAUGCAUUAGAAAGAUGGACCACCAUUGCCCGUGGGUUAAUAACUGUGUCGGCGAGAACAAUCAAAAAUAUUUUGUUCUGUUUACGUUCUACAUAUCAGCCAUAUCAAUCCACUCAUUGACACUGGCAUUGUACCAGUUCGUGACAUGCAUUCGCCACGAAUGGCGCGAUUGCAGCGCUUAUUCCCCGCCAGCGACUGUUGUGUUACUUCUAUUUCUGAUCGCUGAGGCCCUGCUGUUCGCGGUUUUCACUCUUGUGAUGCUGGGAACCCAGUUGCACGCUAUAUGGAAUGACGAAACCGGGAUUGAGCAACUCAAGAAAGAGCAGGCGAGGUGGAUCCGCAAGUCUCGAUGGAAGAGCAUACAGUCAGUAUUUGGCCGGUUCUCCAUCCUGUGGUUCUCCCCUUUUACCCAGCCGACCCGCCACCCGAAAACAAAACUUGAAAGUUAUCUGUACAGCGUGUAAGCUCACUAGUUUUUUAUUUAUCUGUAUGAAAUCUAUUUUUCCUUAGCUUAUUUAAAAAGUAAACAAAUCGUAUGGAACUAAAUUAUUGUUGCUGAUUGGAAAGAAUAUCUGAAAGUUUAUUUGAAUAAAAAUUUAUUCAAUUCUGUUUUAUUCUGAGGUGGUUUAAUGUCGCUUAAGUUCUUACACCCUCUUAAGGUUCUCUAGCAAAUGGGCUCAAAACCGCCAAAAACCUCUACGACUUAAAUAGGUAUUAAAACUUAAGCGACGUUAUGCACUUCUAUCAAGGUCACAUUGUUAGCUCGCAAUAUGAAUGUCCUAAGUGCCGCGCAUAGUGAUUUAUUUACAUUUUAAGUAAACUAAGAAAAAUACGCGUGAAAUUUAAUGGUUGUUUUCUCGCGGCAGAACGAUUUCCACUUCAUAGUACUAUCGACCAUCGAGGAGUUUUUUAAAAUUUAAUUAUUUUUUGUCCGCCUCAAUUUAUAAAACAAAGCGUAUUCGGUCCUUAUGCGCUAUUGCAAUUAAUGAUUAAUUAUUUUUCGGCUGAGCCUGCCACCACAUUGAUUUAUCUUCAAAAUUUGUCAAUUUAUACAUUACGAUACGUGUGACUUAAAUGAUGCUAAUUCUAUUGCGUUGUACACAAUCACUUAACUAAGAAGACAAAGUGUACACAGUCACUUAACUGAUAGGACAAAGUGUACACCAUCACUUAACUGAUAGGACACAAUGUACACCAUCAUUUAACUGAUAGGACACAAUGUACACAGUCACUUAACUGAUAGGACAAGAUGUACACCAUCACUUAACUGAUAAGACAAAAUGUACACCAUCACUUAAACGAUAGGACAAAAUGUACACAGUCACUUAACUGAUAGGACAAAAUGUACACAGCCACUUAACUGAUAGGACAAAGUGUACACCAUCACUUAACUGAUAGGACACAAUGUACACCAUCAUUUAACUGAUAGGACAAAAUGUACACAGUCACUUAACUGAUAGGACAAAGUGUACACCAUCACUUAACUGAUAGGACACAAUGUACACCAUCAUUUAACUGAUAGGACAAAAUGUACACAGUCACUUAACUGAUAGGACAAAGUGCACACCAUCACUUAACUGAUAGCACAAUGUACACCAUCAUUUAACUGAUAGGACACAAUGUACACAGUCACUUAACUGAUAGGACAAGAUGUACACCAUCACUUAACUGAUAAGACAAAAUGUACACCAUCACUUAAACGAUAGGACAAAAUGUACACAGUCACUUAACUGAUAGGACAAAGUGUACAACAUCACUUAACUGAUAGGACACAAUGUACACCAUCAUUUAACUGAUAGGACAAAAUGUACACAGUCGCUUAACUGAUAGGACAAAGUGUACACCAUCACUUCACUGAUAGGACACAAUGAACACCAUCAUUUAACUGAUAGGACAAAAUGUACACAGUCACUUAACUGAGAGGACAAAGUGUACACCAUCACUUAACUGAUAGGACACAAUAUGUACACCAUCAUUUAACUGAUAGGACAAAAUGUACACAGUCACUUAACUGAUAGGACAAAAUGUAGUGCCAUCGCCUUUUUCGCUUUGAUUAAUAAAAUUUACUAAGUGAAAUAGUCACCUUCUGUUUUCACUAUCAGAACAAAGCAUGAUAAAUAGUAUAGAUAGUGAAAAUAUAGACAAAGAUACAUAUUUAUGUAUCUUUGUCUAUAUCAUGAGCUUAUAUAGUAAUAUAGAAAAUUUCAAAUGAUAAAGUUUAUUGACAAGUGUAAAUUAAACUUAACUUCAAGUUAAACUUUUCAGACAUAAAAUGACAGCAAAUUUUUCGAAAAAUUAUUAUUAACUUUGGGGUUUACAAAAAACCUGUGGAAACUGAUUUUCCAGGACAAAAACCCUCAUCAAAAUCAGUAAAACGAAUAGGCAGUGAAACGGUAGCACAAAAAAAGACGUACAGACACUUCUAGUAUGAAAUAAAGUACAAACAAAAAUUUGAAGAUAGGUUUUUGAAUUCUGGCAGGUUUGCCAAACUUCAUUUAAAUGCGCCCAUAGUUCUUUUGCUGUACAUAUUUUUUAAAUUUAAAUAUUACAUAUAUUAUAAAGCUUAAACUAGCUAAUUGUUGUACAAAUCAUGCCCGCUUGGAAUGGUGCAAAGAAUACCUACUGGCGAAUAGAAUUUUUAUAGAUUGUGUACAACCAUAAUAAUAUAACGAAUAAGGACCAUCACGCAGUAUACAUGGUAUCGGCAUAAUAUGUUUCAAAUGUGCAAUAUCACAUCCCUAAGGCUCAAUUUAUAUUUAUAUAUACAACAUGAAAUAUCCUUUGUUUUCUUUCUCAAAAUAACCAUAUAAAAGAAAAA